AUGUUCUCCAAAAGCUCCUGUGAACUGUUUCCCUCCUUCCUUUUACAGGGGAUUCUAGACCGGUUGAAUGGGGGCGAGGUGGUGAUUGGAGAUGGAGGGUUUGUCUUCGCCCUGGAGAAGAGGGGGUAUGUGAAAGCUGGACCCUGGACCCCAGAAGCGGUCGUAGAGCACCCAGAAGCUGUUCUCCAGCUUCAUCGUGAGUUCCUCCGGGCCGGAUCAAAUGUCAUGCAGACAUUUACCUUUUUCGCUGGGGAGGACUCUCUGGACUGCAAGUGGAAGAAAAUCAACGAAGCGGCCUGUGACCUCGCCAGAGAAGUAGCCGAAGAAGGGGACGGCCUGGUAGCUGGGGGGAUCAGCCGGACCCCGUCGUACCAAAGUCGUAAGGGCGAAGCGGAAAUUAAAAGCGUUUUUCAACAGCAACUAGAGGUCUUCAUCCGAAAGAACGUGGACUUCCUGAUUGCGGAGUAUUUUGAGCACGUUGAAGAAGCCCUGUGGGCUGUCGAAGUCUUAAAGGCGUCUGGGAAGCCUGUGGCGGCUACCAUGUGCAUCGGUCCGGAGGGAGAUGUGCACGGAAUUCCGCCCGGAGAAUGUGCCAUCCGGCUGGUCAAGGCUGGAGCCUCUCUCGUUGGAGUGAACUGCCGUUUUGGGCCUGUGACUAGCUUGAAAACCAUGUCGCUCAUGAAGCACGGCUUGAAGUCUGCUGGCUUGAAAGCUCACCUCAUGGUCCAGACGCUGGCAUUCCACACCCCUGACUGUGGCAGAGCCGGAUAUGUCGAUCUCCCAGAAUAUCCUUUCGGCCUGGAACCCAGAGUUGCUACCCGGUGGGACGUCCAGAAAUACGCCCGCGAGGCCUACGAGCUGGGCGUGAGGUACAUCGGCGGCUGCUGUGGGUUCGAACCCUACCACGUCCGAGCCAUCGCCGAGGAGCUGGCCCCGGAGCGGGGGUUUCUGCCGCCGGCGUCCGACAAGCACGGGAGCUGGGGCAGCGGCCUGGACAUGCACACCAAACCCUGGAUUAGGGCCAGGGCGAGGAAGGAGUAUUGGCAGAAUCUGCCGCUCGCUUCUGGCAGACCGUACUGUCCUUCGAUGUCACGGCCAGAUGUGACCAAAGGAACCGCUGAGCUGAUGCAGCAAGCAACCACUGGCCCAGAACUGGGUCCCAAUCCCACCUCUGGAUUCUUUCCCAGUGCUUAGUACAGUGCUCUUCCUGUGCUAAGCACUUAAUAAAUACUACUACUACUACUA